AUGCCGAGGUCGUGCUACAGCUGCUCAGGGGUCCUGCUGCUGGCCUUGCUGCUUCAGGCCUCCAUGGAAGUACGUGGCUGGUGCCUGGAGAGUAGCCAGUGUCAGAACCUCACCACGGAAAGCAACCUGCUGGAGUGCAUCCAGGCCUGCAAGGCCAACCUCUCGUCUGAGACGCCCGUGUUCCCGGGCUAUGGCGACCAGCAGCCGCUGACCGAGAACCCCCGGAAGUACGUCAUGGGCCACUUCCGCUGGGACCGCUUCGGCCGCCGCAACGGCAGCACCGGCUCGGGGCAGGGGAAGCGCGAGGAAGAGGUGGCGGCGACAGGCGAGGACCGCGCCCCGGAGCCCGCCGGCCGCCCCGAGCCCCGCGGCAAUGGCGCCGAGCCGGGCCCCCGCGCGGGCAAGCGCUCCUAUUCCAUGGAGCACUUCCGCUGGGGCAAGCCGGUGGGCAAGAAGCGGCGCCCGGUGAAGGUGUACCCCAACGGCGCCGAGGACGAGGCCGCCGAGGCCUUCCCCGUCGAGUUCAAGAGGGAGCUGGCCGGCCGGUGGCCCGAGGCGGCGCUCGAGCCCGACAGCCCUGCCGAGGGCGCGGGGGCGCUGGCCGACCUGGAGAACGGCCUGGAGCUGGCGGUCGGGAAGAAGGACGAGGGGCCCUACAGGAUGGAGCACUUCCGCUGGGGCAGCCCGCCCAAGGACAAGCGCUACGGCGGCUUCAUGACCUCGGAGAAGAGCCAGACGCCCCUGGUGACGCUCUUCAAAAACGCCAUUGUCAAGAGCGCGCACAAGAAGGGCCAGUGAGGACUAAGAGGGGCACUAGGGCUUCUCUCUCCGGGAAGUCGUCCCUAAAGCACCCUGCCCACACCCGCCCUG